CAGGGGCUUGGGCUCAUGGCUCUUUUUAAAAAGCCAAGGCUGCUCUCAACUCCAUCAGUCUGCUUAGGAAACUUCUCCAGAGGGGGGAAAGGUGUUGGAGCCGCUUGCAAAAAAGGGGAGGAAAAAAUAAUCAUCAUCAUAAAUACAUAGUUUUAGUAAACUUUCGCCUUGUGCUUGCAAACAGGACACCACUUCUGUUAAAGAGGAAUUGUUCAGUGCAUCCCCCUAACUUUUUAUUUUUUAUUUUUUUUAACUAAUCGGAUAUUUUCUUUUUUGCAGAAAGAGAGAAAAAAGGACAUUUGUUUUUCAGUUUCAGUGCAACAUCUUUUUGAGCACACUGAAAUUUUUAAGAAGAGGGAAAGGGGGAAAGGGCACAGGUGUGCGCAGAAGCUCUCGUUUCGUAAUUUUUUAAAAAGAUAUAUAACUAAGAUAGCUUUAAAAUCUGAUGACCUGCGGUAAACAAUAAGCACAUCCUUUCAUUUAUAUUUCAACAUCUCCCUAUCUGUGAUCCGCCUUUUUCAGAGAAGAACAUGAACUCGGCGUUUUUCCUCGCGGUGACACUUUUCCUGGGACUGUCCCGCUGCCUGGGCUCCUACGUGCCCUGCGAGCCCUGCGACCAGAAGGCGCUGUCCAUGUGCCCGCCCGUGCCCGUGGGCUGCCAGCUCGUGAAGGAGCCCGGCUGCGGCUGCUGCCUGACGUGCGCGCUCGCCGAGGGCCAGGCGUGCGGCGUCUACACGGGGACGUGCACCCACGGGCUGCGCUGCCUGCCGCGGAGCGGCGAGGAGAAGCCGCUGCACGCGCUGCUCCACGGCAGAGGCGUGUGCACGAACGAGAAGGGCUACAAGCCGACGCACGCGGCCGCCGCAGAUCGGGAGUCACGAGAGCACGAGGAUGCAGUAACAGCCGAGAUGACAGAGGACAAGGCCCUGCUCCCCAAGGUGCCGCUCUUCCCCAAGGACCCCAUCGCCAGCAAAAAGGCUCAGGCCAUGAGGAAGGACCGCAAUCGGCAGCGGGAGAAGCUGCGCUCCCUGGGCCAUCUGGACUACUCGCCGCUCCCUAUCGACAAGCACGAGCCUGAAUUUGGCCCCUGCAGAAGAAAGCUGGACGGAAUCAUCCAGAGGAUGAAGGACACCUCCCGUGUGAUGGCUUUGACUUUGUACCUGCCAAAUUGUGACAGGAAGGGUUUCUUUAAGCGCAAGCAGUGCAAGCCGUCCCGUGGUCGCAAACGGGGCAUCUGCUGGUGCGUGGACAAGUACGGGGUGCAACUUCCCGGCACAGACUACAGCGGCGGAGACAUCCAGUGCAAGGACCUGGAGAGUGGCAGCAACACCAACGAGUGAGGAUCCGCCCUCCCUGAUCACCUGACCCGGGGCCCGCCUCCUUCCUUCUUGCCCGUCCGCCUACUAGUCACUUUGAGAUUUGAAAUGCAAAACAAAUGAAACAAAGUAAAACUGAAAAAAGUCGAACCUUUCUGACUGUCCGCUGAUCUCUAAUUAGCUGGACCCACCUGGCCCUCCGUGCCUGUUAAGGGCUCCUCUGAGCAAAUGAUGUAUAAAAAUAUAUAUACAUAUAUUUAUAUAUUUUUAUAGAAGCUGGAGUCUGAUCACCAGACUGUAUGUCUUUUAAAGAUAACUCUUCAAAAAGUAAGCUAUGUCUAUGAAUAACAGAGCCGUCUUGGUCUUUCACAUCUGUUAUUAUGGUGGUAUCAGAAAAGAUGGCUGGAGCUCAUCGGUAUUGGCAGAAUGAUUUGGCUUUUUUCUUUGUUUUUCCAAAAAAAAAAAAAAAAAAAACGGAAAAACGAACGAGGGUAGGGAUCUGCCAGCGUAGUUCUUUCUAUCCAAGUGUUGGUCCUGCCAGAGCACUUAUUCAUAGGGAAUCUCAUUUGCUUGGAAAUAUGUAGCCUUGCUAGGUUCAGUGUAUGUGCAUGCUUGUGCGCGUGCGUGUGCGUGUGUGUGUGUGCGUGUGUGUGUGUGUGUGCGCGCGAUCGACUUUCCCCAAGAAUGUCGUUUUUCCUGUCGAGAGUGCUCUCCCGCAAGCCGUCAGGCUGCAUCCAUCCCAAGGCCCGGGGCGGCGCUCUCUCGCUGCCUGUAAACGGGAGUUUGUUGAAGUAGGACCUGCAGGCUGAGAGGAAAGAGCAACACGUUGUGGACAAACCAUUUUAAGUGACUCUACGAUGCUAUGUAGCCUAAUAAGCCGACUGUGCCUAUGUAAAGAGACAGCGCCACGCCGCAGGACACACAGAGAACGCUGUGGCUGUUGGUGAAGUCGGGUCGUGGCAGACAGGGUGCGCUCUGGAACUGCUCUGGGACCUGUACGUCCGCCACUUACGGGAAAGUUGAGCAAUACGUAGGAAUCAACGCAACGCGUCAUUUUAAAAACCAAACUUAUGGUGCGAGGGUCUCAGAAGGACACGCAAAGAUUUCAGCAGGUCGCAGACGGUGUCCGCCAACAGCUCUGCCCUCUGUCUUCGCUUCUGGGUGUGGUCUUCUCUGCUUUUGUUUUAUACUGUUUGCCUUCAGUGAAGUAAUAACUGCCCAUUUUGAGCCAUGUUUCUUAAACCAGGUGGUUCCCUAGACGGUAAAAUAGGUGCAACCUUGGUGAAUCACUUUUAAAAUUGAUCAAUGAAUGUUUAUAGAUGUAUCAAUACCUACUAAAUACUGGUGCUUGGAAAAGGACUUGUAUUUACUUUGUGUAGUGUGCAAGAGAAGAAUUUGCAUAGUUCCAUCCAACGUCACAACGGAGGGAAUCGUAGUCAUUGGGAUGCAGGAGGCCCCAAGCUGGUACUAUGGUGAACCCUCCCUCUGCUUGUCCGUCACAGUACUGACCGGUCGCCCCCGCGACGCAACACGCACUACGGCGCGCCGUCCGCGCACCACUCGACUCGCUGCUUUUCCAGAGGAGCAGCGCUAAAUUGCGCACGCGAAUCUCGCUCUCAGCUGCCAUUCGGUAUGUAAAAAUAUCAGUGCCUUCGCUCAUGCAAAAACAUUUGAGUAGCAAUUUACAUAUACGUAGCCCAGUCAAAGGGACAAAAAAAAGGAGAAAAAAAAAACAGCCAAGUUCCUGGGCUAACAAUUUUCAUGGAUCAGAGAACAAGAUCAGGUUGUGAUUGCAGCUGUUGUGUCCUUAUACGUCGUAUUUUAUUUACUCCACAAAUUUAUUCCCUGUGACUGAGGCAAACAAAGGGAGGCAGCAAUGAUUUUUUUUUUUUUUUUUAAACUUCAAUCACGCAACUGAUCGACUCAUGUAUGGAUGGAUGUACGUGUGUAUGUUCACAGUGCUCUAAGAAUGACAGCGGGGAGAACAAUUUAGGGUUUGUACCCUUGCGUCAAGCUAUACACCAGCAGUAACGUGCAGCACUCUUGCUAGUUUGUUCUAGUUACUCUUGUUUCGGCAGAAAAGACGUGCCGUUCCGCUGGACUGGUUGCGUAUCGAUCCGCUUUCUGCAAAGUUUGAUGAGAAAUCUCAUUUAGUGGUAAUAACUCAUCUGAAGGCAGGCGCCAACUCUUGUAGGAACGUUUAGAGAGCUCUGAGAAUACGACGAUAGCACGUCAUUUGUGUGCUUGUACUGGACGGCCCAUAAUGUGUCUUCUGUUCCUUUGCACAGGCCUGAAUGGCAAAGGAGCUCUUCUACAAUAAGCUAUGAUUUAAAGGAAGAGGGGGGGGGAAAAAAAAAAAAAAAAAAAUCACUUGAUGUUUCUUUUGUUCUACUUUUUUGAGUUGCUUGAAAUGAAUAGGGGAUAACUUUCAAAUCCAUCUCAUGGACUCUGAAACAGGAAAUGAUGCAACAAUGGUGUGGACAACCCAAAUGGCUGACACAGUCCUGGUCUGCAGCACGCCUCCCUGCUCCAUUCUUCUGUAACAAAACCGCACAAGUAAUAAACGGUAACAAGCGUCCUCUAGUAGAACUCUCUGGAAACACCCGGGAUCCAGUCCACGCUAAAGGGAAGGGAAGGGGAGCAAGGCUCCAGCGCGGGGCGUUGCUCCGAUCAUUUUGACAGGGGCAGCUCGGCCCAUGCCCGGCACCCGGAACAGCAUUAGACAGGGACCGUAAACACAGCCCACAGCGACUAACUGCCACUGGACUUUGGGAACCGUGGAGGCGAGCGCCUCGGUGUCUCUGGGAGAGACCGUGGCCAGUGUUUUCUUAGAGGGCCCUCGCGACGGGGAGACACGAACCACAACAGUAUGACAUAGAUACACUUAGCGGCACAGACAAAGGAGUGCUCAGGGGCUGGGGGCAGCAGCCGGCCACAAACCUGCACUGCGCCAGAAGCCAGGUUGCCGUUGUGCUACGCGGCCCGUGCUGCAAAUGUGCAUCGCAUGCGAUAAAGUGCCCUGUGAUUAAAAUAAACAGACUUUGAGAUCUAGGAAGCCAAGAUAAAAAAAAAAAAAAAAAUUAUUUACUUGUUGGAAAGCAGAUCUCAGUGUAUGAAUACGUGUUCACUGCUAAAAAUAUUCAAUAUUCAAGAGGAACCCUGCGGACGGUUAAGAGAAGGGCCGCCACGCUGCGCCUGGGCUGUUCACGUGUGGGUUCAAAUCGAGCUCGGUCUGUGCGGAGUUUACUUGCUCUCCCUGUAUCUGAGCGGGUUUCCUCCCACAGUCCAAAGACACGCGGUUCACGUUAACCGGACACUCUAAAUUGCCCAUAC